GAGGCGAGGCGGGGGCCUGGCGGCCGGGCAGGGGCGCCAUGGCGGCGGCCGAGACGAAGAUCAUUUACCACCUGGACGAGCAGGAGACGCCGUACCUGGUGAAGCUGCCGAUCCCGGCCGAGCGCGUCACCCUCGGCGACUUCAAGGGGCUCCUCAAUCGCCCCAACUACAAGUUCUACUUCAAGUCCAUGGACGACGACUUCGGGGUGGUGAAAGAAGAGAUCUCGGAUGACAAUGCCAAGCUUCCCUGCUUCAACGGCCGGGUGGUGUCAUGGCUGGUGUCUGCAGAGGGUUCCCAUUCAGAUGCUGGCUCGGUCUGUGCUGAUAACCAGACAGAGCUGCCACCCUCCAUGGAGCGCACAGGAGGAAUUGGAGACUCCAGGCCCCCCUCUUUCCACCCUAACACUGGGGGGAGCCGUGAAAAUUUGGACAAUGAGACAGAGACAGACUCGGUGGUGUCAUCCCAGAGGGAACGACCUCGUCGGACAGAUGGGCCUGAGCAUGCACCCAGGGUGAAUGGGACAGUGAAGGGAGAGCGGCGCCGAGACCUGGGUGGGUACGAGAGCUCCUCCACGCUCAUGAGCAGCGAGCUGGAGACCACCAGCUUCUUCGAUUCAGAUGAAGAUGACUCCACCAGCAGGUUUAGCAGUUCAACAGAGCAAAGCAGUGCUUCCCGUCUAAUGAGGAGGCACAAGCGACGCCGGCGGAAACAGAAGGCUCCACGCAUUGAGCGGUCCUCGUCCUUCAGCAGCAUCACAGACUCCACCAUGUCCCUGAACAUCAUCACAGUCACGCUGAAUAUGGAGAAAUACAACUUUCUGGGCAUUUCUAUUGUGGGACAGAGCAAUGAGCGUGGGGAUGGAGGCAUUUACAUUGGCUCUAUCAUGAAGGGAGGUGCUGUGGCAGCUGAUGGCAGGAUUGAGCCAGGAGACAUGCUCUUGCAGGUAAAUGACAUCAAUUUUGAGAACAUGAGCAACGAUGAUGCUGUGCGGGUGCUGAGGGAGAUUGUGCACAAGCCGGGGCCCAUCACCCUGACAGUGGCCAAGUGCUGGGACCCCAGUCCGCGGGGCUGCUUCUCGUUACCCAGGAGUAAGUGGAUAGCUGACCCACCCUUAGCGCUGGUGCCCAGCUCAUUUGCUCCCCAGCGGAUCUGGGCUGGGCCAGACUCUCCAUGCUCCGAUCCGGGUGAGCCCAUCCGGCCCAUCGACCCGGCAGCCUGGGUGUCUCACACGGCAGCGAUGACUGGCACCUACCCAGCGUACGGUAUGAGUCCAUCCAUGAGCACAAUCACUUCCACCAGCUCCUCCAUCACCAGCUCCAUCCCAGAGACCGAACGCCUCGAUGACUUUCACCUGUCCAUCCACAGUGACAUGGCCACCAUUGUCAAAGCCAUGGCCUCACCAGAGUCAGGUCUCGAGGUGCGUGACCGCAUGUGGCUGAAGAUCACCAUCCCCAAUGCCUUCAUUGGUUCGGAUGUGGUAGAUUGGCUCUAUCACCAUGUGGAAGGCUUUACUGACCGCCGUGAGUCCCGCAAAUAUGCCAGCAAUCUGCUGAAGGCUGGCUACAUCCGACACACCGUGAACAAGAUCACCUUCUCGGAGCAGUGCUAUUACAUCUUCGGGGACCUCUGUGGAAACAUGGCUAAUCUGUCUCUUCAUGAUCAUGAUGGCUCCAGUGGUGCUUCUGAUCAGGACACUUUGGCUCCGCUCCCCCACCCAGGAGCUGCACCCUGGCCUAUGGCCUUCCCAUACCAGUAUCCACCGCCUCAUCCAUACAACCCCCAUCCCGGCUUCCCUGACCCAGGCUACAGCUACGGAGGGGGCAGUGCAGGCAGUCAGCACAGUGAAGGGAGCCGGAGCAGCGGUUCCAAUCGCAGUGGCAGCGAGAGGAGGAAGGAGAGAGAGAAGACCGGGGAGUCGAAGUCAGGCGGCAGCGGGAGCGAGUCGGACCACACCACGAGGAGCAGCAUGCGGCGCGAGCGUGCGGCCAGCGAGCGCUCGGUGCCGGCCAGCCAGCACAGCCAGCGCAGCCAGCACUCCCUGGCUCACAGCAUCCGCAGCCACCACAGCCAGCAGUCGUACGGGCCGCCCGGCCUCCCCCCUCUCUUCAGCCCCCCCAUGUUGCUGAUGCCUCCACCGCCGUCAGCCAUGGGGCCCCCCGGGGCGCCGCCAGGCCGUGACCUGGCCUCUGUGCCCCCCGAACUGACAGCCAGUAGACAGUCCUUCCGAAUGGCCAUGGGCAACCCCAGUGAGUUCUUUGUGGAUGUAAUGUGAAGCGCCCGUCCCCUGUCUGUCUGCUGUCCCUCCUUUCCCCUUCUAUCCCUGUUGUUUGUUUCCUAGGACCAGCCCUGGCUUCACCCCUUGUUUUUUGGGGUUUUUUUUUUUGUUUCUUUUUUUUGUCUUGAUAACGAAAAGAGAAAAGGGAAAAAAAUAAUAAAUGGAACUAAACCUUGAUUCUAAUCCCUCCUCGAGCAGGGUGGACAGGCCUGGCAGGCCUGCUGGGUGCUGUCAGCCCAUCCUGCCACCAGACUUGUGUAUUGCCGAUGGUAAUUCCCUCCUGCCAUCCUCUCUAACCCCAUUAAUCUGCAUCCGUCCCAGCACCCUGUGCUGCUUGCCCGUGUGUCACUGCUGCCUCAGUCCUUCCACCCUAAACAUCUUUUCUUUCUUUUCACCCUUUUGUGUUUCUUCUAUCAAGCAGCAAAGAAUUACGGGGUGUUUGACUUUCUCUGAGCCUGCCACCCGUGGGGGGGAGAGCUGGAGCAUGGCGUGGCCCGACAGCAGGACACAGAGCUCCAGGGGCGCUGGGCAAGCAUGGCGCUGAAGAUGGCUUCUUUCCUCCCCCUCGCGGAAGAUGCCCUGCCCUUCCCACAGCCCUGAGAGGGGAGCAGGGACCAGCCUUAUAUAUGUAUUCUAAAUCCCGUUGUAGUUGCCUUUUGGCUAAUGCAUGAAUGUUCCAGGGCUUCAGUGCCUCCAGGGAGUGGAGAGAUGCUGCCACUUCCCUCUUGCCUCCCUUCUCUUGCCCAUAUAUUGGGCCAGGUCUGAGCCUGACACUGCCCCAUGGCCGGACCCUCCUUCACCUUGGUCAGGCCUUAGGGCUGGGGCUGUACCUCUGCAUCCAGCCCAGAGAGGUGGCGAUUCCCUGUGCAGAGUCUCUUACGUGACUCAGUGCCCUACACCCGCCCUGGGGUUCUUUGGGGGAAUGUAAGGGCAGAGCUCUGCUCCUUCCAUCCUGCUCUUUGCCCUCCUGCCUGCAAUGUGCUGCUGCCUGUCUUGUUUGUAGGGACUGUCCCAUGCUUGGGGCUGGCAGUGGCAGCUGUGGCCUUCUCCCUCCUGCUGUCGCGCUGCUGCUCAGCUAUGUGAUACCUUCAAGGGCCUGGACGGAGUUAGAAGGCGAGGGUGGGGCACAACUGGUUCACUUUCAUGCUUUAGAGAAUCGUGGAGGUACUCUGUAUCUGCCCUCUGAAGGGCCUCAGUCUGUGUCCUCCUCUGCCCAGUGCUGCUGGCCUGGCUGCUGGGAGGGACAAACCUCUGGGACAGCCCCAGUCCCUCUGGGCUACGAGCAGUGCCUGGUGGCAACAUGAACUCUCCAAGGGUGAGACUGCAGCCUGAACCAUGGCCUCUGGAUUCAGUGCCCACAGGUGUGCUGGUCCAGCUGAGUCUGCUCCAGUGCUCCUUGCCCUUCUUCCUUCCACUUCUGGGUACUCGGAGAUGUGCCUGGGGCUGGGGCACCGCUUUCCCCAUGCCCAGGGCCAAGCACGGUACAGUAUGGACAUGCUCUGCUGCUGUUGGUGCUGGCGCCCCGGCGCCCUCUCCUCCUGCCACACCGUGGCUUUUUCCAUAAGCGUUGCCUCUUUUGGUCUUUCUUGUGUUUGCGGUUUUUAUAUGAUGGAAUUGAAUUGUAUUUUGCUCCCUGGGAGUCUGCACUGCCCUGCAGCCCCCCUUCCAGCUCUCACACACCAUCAGUUCAUCUCCCUGACUCCCUGAAGCCUCUCCUUCCCUCAGCCCGCUGGAGUCACUGUCCCCAGUAGCCUCCCUGGCCACUGCUCCCCCCCCUUGCCCUGCCCUACCCAUUGGGUUUUAUAAAAACAACACCAAUCUCCUUGUUUUUAUUUAUAAACAUAGUUUUAUUGGA